AGGCCACGGCUCGGGGAAGAUGGCGGCGCUGGCGCGGGUUGUGUGGCUUACCAUGAGACCGUUGCUGCCGGUGGUCCAGUCUUGGGACCUCGAGGCGCGGCGCUGGGUCCGAGCCUUGCGGCGGAGCCCCGUGAAAGUGGUGUUUCCAUCCGGACAGGUGGUGGAAAGAAAGCGUGCUCCUGCGAAGCAGCCCCGCAAGGCGGCGUCCGAGGCCAGUUCCCACGGACAGCAGCAGAAACAGACGCUUCAGGGGUCUCCAACGCAGACGCCCAGCACCUGGGAAGAGUCGGGGCUUCGCUACGAUAAGGCUUUUUCCGGGGACAGGAGGCUGAGCAGUGUAAUGACAAUAGUUAAGUCCAGGCCAUUUCGGGAAAAGCAAGGGAAGAUCCUCCUGGAAGGUCGCCGGCUUAUUGCUGACGCUCUCAAGGCUGGAGCUGUGCCGAAAGUUUUCUUCUUUAGUCGUCUGGAAUACAUAAAGGAGCUGCCAGUCGAUAAGCUGAAAGGCGUCAGCCUCAUUAAAGUGAAAUUUGAAGAUAUCAAGGAUUGGUCCGACCUAAUAAUGCCACAAGGAAUAAUGGGGAUUUUUGCCAAACCUGACCAUGUUAAGAUGACAUAUCCAAAGACACAGCUUCACCAUUCGCUGCCCUUAUUGUUGAUUUGUGACAAUCUCCGUGACCCGGGAAACCUGGGGACAAUUCUGAGAUCUGCUGCUGGGGCAGGCUGCAGCAAAGUAUUACUCACCAAAGGCUGUGUGGAUGCCUGGGAACCCAAAGUGCUACGGGCAGGCAUGGGUGCACAUUUCCAGGUGCCCAUUAUCAAUAAUCUGGAAUGGGAAACACUGCCGAAUUACCUGCCCCCUGACACCCGGGUCUACGUGGCUGACAACUGUGGCCUUUAUGCUCAGGCCCAAAUGUCUGCUAACGCCAGUGACCGUCGCUCGGCGUGUGAUCGGCGAUUCCUGAAGUUUCACAAGUAUGAAGAGGAGGAGGAGGAUCUAGAAACGGGAGCCAAGAAAGGCUGGCUCCCUGAAGUUGAGGUUCAGAGCUAUGACUCAGACUGGACAGAGGCACCAGCAGCCGUGGUGAUCGGUGGGGAGACCUACGGGGUGAGUCUGGAGUCCCUGCAGUUGGCUGAGAGCACUGGGGGCAAGAGGCUGCUGAUCCCCGUCGUUCCUGGUGUGGACAGCCUGAACUCGGCCAUGGCUGCAAGCAUCCUGCUUUUUGAAGGGAAAAGACAACUACGGUUAAGGGCAGAACACUUGAGCAGGGACAGGAGUUACCACUGAGAGGGGACACAGACGUGAGUUCUUGGUGCAACGAUGUCUCCACCUCCUCCUAUCCCUGGCACAUCAUUGGGAGGCUGGCAGUCGGUGACUGUGGCUUCAUGAGCCACAUUCAGGAGGCAAGAGGAAGGUGUGAAAAAAUCUGCUAACAGCAUUUUGUGCCCAGAAAGUUCCUGAAGGCGUCAUCUUGGGUGGGGAGGAAUUCCCACCAGCUGGUGGAUAUUUUGCAGUCGUGGAGUACUAGUUACAGGUCAUGGCUAAGUCACUCACAUCUGAUCAUUGGUCAAUGGAAAAUAAACUGUGAAGUAUAGAGCUAGCAGAUUACAUUAAAAAGUUUUAAAGUGGGUCUCAG